AUGCUGGCCCCAAUUCUCUCUUUGCUGCUGGUCUCAGCGGCGCCUCUCGUUUCUGCUGGGUUUGGGCUGACUACCUCGGGCACGAAAUGGACGGUCGACACCAAUGCUGGACUGACCUUCACCGUUCAAUCUACGAACGGUGACAUCGUCUCCAUCAAAUACAACGGCGUUGAAUCCCAGGAUCAGAGCAAAUUCAGUCAGAUCGCCUCCGGCCUAGGUUCUGCUUCUUGCGCAUGGGAGCAGACUGGCCACAGUAACAACUACAUCAAGAUUACUUGCACAACAAGCACCCUGACGCAGUACUACGUUGCUCAAUACAACACCGCGGCGAUCCAUAUGGCUACCUACACAACCGCUGAACCGUCCGUCGGCGAACUUCGCUUCAUCGCGCGCCUCGCCCGCUCUGCCUUCAACACGGGCUAUGCUGUGUCUGACGUCAACGGCGGCACUGCGAUUGAGGGCUCUGAUGUGUUCCUCGUGAACGGCCAAACGCACUCGAAGUUCUACUCUUCGAAGCAAUUCUACAAGGAUCAGGUACACGGCGUCACCGGCUCAGCUGGCGGCGCUUACAUGGUCAUCCCGGGCACGGGUUAUGAGUCCAGUUCUGGCGGACCCUUCUUCCGCGACAUCAAUAAUCAAGGCACCUCCCAACAAGAGCUGUACUUCUACAUGAACUCCAACCACGAGCAGACUGAAUCUUAUCGUCAGGGCCUGCACGGCCCGUACGCUCUUGUCUUCACGAGUGGCUCGGCACCAUCGUCCAACAUCGACACGAGCUUCUGGGAGGGCCUCGGUACUAUCAGCGGUCUCGUUCCUUCUUCAGGGCGUGGAUACGUCAUCGGCAAGGCCAUCGACGUCCCGAGCGCGUACUCGUCGGACGCUACCAUCACUUGGAACAACUCCGUUGCGCAAUACUGGGCCACGGUCGGAUCCGACUUCGACUUCUCUUCGCCGAAGAUGAAGCCCGGAACCUACAGCAUGAUUUUGUACAAGGGAGAGCUCGCUGUUGGUGAACAGUCGGUCGUGGUCAGCGCCGGAGAGACUGUGACGUCCAACAUCCACGAUACCAGUGGCGUAGACACUACGUCCUACCUCUGGCAGAUCGGUGAAUUUGACGGGAGGCCAACAGGCUUCUUGAACGCCGACUUGAUCGAGACGAUGCACCCGAGCGAUAGUCGCAUGCACGAUUGGGUUCGGACCUACUCUGUCGGCUCUCAGGACAUUGGCUACUUCCCCAUGGCUAUCUUCAAGGCGGUGGGGCCCGUCACCGUUCACUUCGCGCUCUCGUCCGGCCAGGGUGGCGCGCGCACUCUCGUCAUCGCCACGACAUCGGCAUUCGCAGGUGGCCGCCCCAUCGUCACGCUGAACAGCUGGUCGAGCUCGACCCCGCCAGCCCCGACUCAACCCGACAGCCGUGGCGUUACCAGAGGUACUUGGCGCGGUAACAACAACUAUUAUACCUAUGCCAUCCCAUCUGGCACCUUGACCACGGGAUCGGCCACGAACAUCCUCACUAUCUCCGUCGCUUCCGGUUCUAGUGGUGACACCUACCUGUCGCCCAAUAUCGUCUUCGACGCCGUCGCUCUCUACUGA